AUGGACGCUCUAGCUUACACGGAGCCCGAUUGGGUGCUCCUCUUGAUCAUCGCUGCUUUCAUCGUUGGAUUGAGUCGUGAGGACCAGCGAUCGUCUUGAUGAGGCACUGCAACCCUUGAUCACAACUGACCCCCCUCAUUCCUCGUCGUCCCCUCGCAGUGCUUCACUGGGCCCUCUCGGCCACACUGUAUGCGGGCUUGUUGGGCCAAUUACUACUUGGCGCAGUCUUUGGCACGCCUCUGCUGCGUCUUUUGCCGCAAACGUUUGAGCAGACGGCACAACAGCUUGGAUACGUUGGCCUGCUCCUCCUCAUUGCGCGAGGAGGCAGCGAGACGCGUCUGGAUGUGCUCUCGCAGCCUCGCAACUUGCUGCUCUCCAUCCUCGUAGGACUGACAGGCAUAGGUCUCCCCAUCGGUCUCAGCUUUGCUCUGCUCACUUUGCCUGCGUACGGCUACUCGACGCUCCAGGCAUUUUCGACGGGCGCUGCGCUCAGUGCGACUAGCCUCGGUACCGUCUUUGCAGUCUUGGAAGCGCUUUCACAGAGUCUCAAGAGCGAGGAAGCCACGCCUGACAAGCGUGGUCAUCUUGAACAGACGGCACCAAAAGAUGAAGCUCUGAUCAGGCAGACUGGCGCGGUAACAUCUGGCAAUGAAGGUGCAGCGAUCCAUCCCGGCGGCCCAUCUGCUGCAUCGCCUGCGGCGAUCAAUACCGCGCAGGGCGACGCGGCCCACAAAUCAUCUGCUUUGCGUUGCGAGCCAAAGCCAACAUCCCAGCUGGGCACCUCGCGCAUCGUCUCCAUUCUCGUCAGCGCCGCCUUGCUGGACGACGUCAUUGGACUAGUGUUGGCCAGCGUCGUGACGAGCUUGGGUCAUGCAGAGAGCGCCGAGGCGGCACCCUCUACAUCCCGUUGGCCUCUUGCUCGUCCCGUCGUUGCGAGCUUUGCACUGAUACUGGUGACCGUGACUGUCUGUCGUCUGGCGGCCUACGUAGUUUUACUGCUGGCGAGGCGCUCAGAGCAAAGUCGACCCGAGGUGCAAGCGAUCCGCACGCGUCGAAUCCUCUUGAACUUUGUCAAGACCCACGCAUCGUCCAUCUCCUCAUUGCUUCUGAUCGCUUGCAUCUGCGCAUUCGUAGCCCUCGCUCAUGUCAGUGGCAGCACGAUGCUGCUAGGCGCUUUCUGUGCAGGAGCAAGCACAACUUGGCGUGAGUUUGCGUCGAGCCUUCUCACUACGUGCGUGCUACCUGACACGCCCCGAUGGCCUCCUCGCAUCAACAGUUCAUUCGCGUCUCGUCGAGAUUAGGAGGACCGUCGCCGAAGAACACGUCACGAUCAACUCCACCGUCACUGCGAGCUUGCUAGAUCAACUCGAGCCAGGAAAAGCCUGGGCUAAGCUGGAGGAGAUUACGGGUGAGCAAUUGCACACUUUGCGUUGCAAAAAGGCAAGCUGACCCAUUCUGGCUUCACACCCGCAGCAUACAUCCUGGUACCAUUCUUCUUUUCCUCUAUUGGCAUGGCUAUCCCCGUCAGGCAGCUCUUCACCCCGUCAGUCGUCUGGAAAGGCUGGGUCUACGCAUGUGUCAUGGCAUUUGCAAAGGUGCUUCCUGGCUUAUGGAUCUUGCUUGCCCAACGCUUGGAGAGUGCUCUGAGCAGACGUGUCGAGGCGCCAAAUCACGUCACUCGCACAUCACCCCAACAUGCGACACUUUGUCCGGGGGCAGAGCGGUCGGGAGAGGCUAGCGAUAGCAUCGCGCUCGACGUCGAGUUGAGGGCUGCGCCGCAGGACUUUCCUGCUCGAGCGCCAGUCAUCUCCUCCGAUGGUGCUGUCCGAUCGGCUUGGCGACCUGCACUCCUCUUGGGUCUGUGUUUGGUUAGUCGAGGAGAAGUCGGUUUCAUCAUCAUCAACCUCGCAAGAGGUGAGUGAAGCAAUCUUGUCGGCUCUAGCUCGUCUGAUCCUCCUUCGAUGCUGACCGCCGUGCGACCCUUGCAGAGGCCGGCAUCUUGCCAGCAUCGUCGCCGCAAGGCAACGACGCUUUCAACAUUGGUGUCUGGGCCAUCGUCCUGAACACUCUGUUCGGCCCGCUUGCGGUUGGAUUUUUCCUCAAGUCGAAGAUCACAAACAAAGCGAGCGAUCCCACACGUCUGCAUCGGUCAAGCCAAGACGAAAAUGCUCGCGAAAUACGGAACAGCGUGGCAGAAAGUAUCUUGCGAGGACCUUGGGGUGCUGCUUGA